AAACUUUCAACACAGUUUACAAUUUUUUAACAAAAAAUUAUAAAAUGUAUAAAUUUAUUUUGUUUAUAUUUGCUGUUAUUAUCACGAUAACAACAACAACUGCCAAAGUUGUCUUUAUACCAAGUGUGAAUCAAUAUGGCAACACUGUACAUCCAAUCCAGACAGUGGCGAAUAAGUGUGACUUCCAUUGCACAGAUGUAGAUCUAACAGUUUGUGCUACCAAUGGACAAUGUAUGCAAAAAUUUCAAGGAGAUUGUGCCUUAACUGCUUAUAAUUGCAAAAAUCCCCACAAAGCCUUCGUCAUUAUUGAUAAUUGGAAAUGCGAACACAGUGGCGCCCCACGUUGUAGUCAAGGAGAACUCAAUAAUUAGCUAAACACAUAAAAUUAAAAUAUAUAUAAAAAAAUAUAUACAGUAUACUAAAUAUAUAGUUUUA